AGUAACACUUACGCGAGUUUUUGACCAAUCACCGUUGUUACGGAAAUUUGAACAAGAAGCGGUUGUUGGUUGUCUCGAUGGAGAGAAGAUUCGUCCCACAGAAAAACACAUCCUAAACACGGCUCUAGCUGAAUUUAUGUGAAACAUGAAGCCAUUUGAGCCAAUGUUUCUGAAAACCUACGGUAAGCUGAGGCGGAAGGUUUCGGCUUGGAUUUCUCCAGAAGACCGAAGGAAGGCUUUCGACAGCACCCCGUCAUCUGAUGACCUGUCUGUGUUUGAGGCCGCAAAACCCCGCAAGGCACGGGGAAAGUACACAAGGGAUGGCGGUCAAAGAGCAGACCGUCCUGCCAAGAAAAAAGCCAGGCUGUGCUUGAAUGAGAAGAGCUUUGGUGAUGAAAACAUGAGUGAUGAGGAGAACACUGCUCCAUCUCCUCCUAACCCGGCACCAACCAAGAAAACACGAGGGAAAAACAGAGGUGUUUCCAGUAGUAAGCAGAAGGCCGUUCUGUGUCAAUCGAAGACCAGCAACUAUGGGGAGAGCAUCAUGAAUCCGCCUUUACCCACAAAGCGCAGAAAAACAACUAGGUCAAAACAGGUAGGAUCUGUACCUGUGUUCACAAGACGGAGAGGUCGGGGAGUUUUUACCACCAGUACGAGUGAGAGCGAAACAUCUGUACCGAAAAUGCAAAAAAUCCAAGCUAAAACAAAGGUAGACUCCAGUGUUCACCUUCCGUCUGGCGGACGCUUCGUAACCCGUCGCAGACGUGCCACUUCCACCAAACCUCCUGAAGCUACAGUCAGUUUACUCAGCUCGUCAGAUGACUUCACUUCCAGACCAUUUGGUUCCAGCGUGAACCAACGUCCCUCCAGGAGAAGAAGAGCCCCUCCAGUGUUUGGUCUGUCAAGCGCAGAGAACUCAGUGAAUGCUCCAAGGUCCACUAAGCCUUUCAGAGAGAUCUCCCUUAACGAGUUAGCAGAGAACAGCCUCGGAUCCGUUCCGAGCAAACCCAUCUUCUGCUCCACGCCCUCAAUGCCCAACUUCAACAAGCGAAGACACCCAAAGUUCCCCAGUCAGGUUGUCUCUCCUCCGUCUGCUUUGGGCAGCUCUAUAGGCGUGUUGAACACUUUCCAAGAAGACCCCGAUUCACUGCGACUUCCUGCAUCACUUUCCUUGCAGAAAGAUACAAAUCUGCAUCAAAAUGAGGAACAGUCUCUUGAUUUAUUUUCUGAGUCAGGCAGAAGGGUUUGCAGCAACGAUGCCGAAUGCCACCGUGGAGACUUGGACGGUGGAAAGUCAGACAUUGAAAGCAGCAGUGUGCUCGUUUCGGCAGCAGGAAGGUUGGAGUGGCUGAUCGAGGCUCUGAAGGAGAGAUGUCUUAGCCAGCCCUGUAUGGUUCAGCUGCAGAGAUUAAACUUCAUCCCCACUACUCAGCUCUCCAGUCAAACCUCCUACUCAUCCUGCUUGGAGCUAUGGAGCCCAGAAUCAAAAGUAGUACCUUCUUCCACAGAGUGUAGUCAGACUUUUGGUUUUUGUUCAGAAGAAUCGGUUUGUCGCAGUGUCUCCGUAACAACCAAUAAAACCAGCGAUUAUGGGCCACCAGUUUCUAAUCUGGACAUUGCAGAUUCAGUCAGUGAUGACCACGUUGUGAAUGUUUUGAAAUUUCCUGAACUCUUUAGUGGAGAACUAAACGGGGAGAACUUAGAGUCUGUGAUUUGUGUUGAUGACGUUCAAAACAGCUAUGAGGAAAUAAUGGAGACACAAUCACCAGCUGCCAGAGAAGCACCAACACGGUUAACCGAUGAAGAUGGAAAAACGGCAAAGGGCACAAUAUGUACGAAGGAAUGUGUAGUUAAGAUAAAGAAACUUUCACUAUCUCAGCUGGAUCUCCAAGGAUCCGAGUGUGAACACAAUCCAGAAGCUAAGGCAGAGUCGUCGGACAUUUCAGAGCUGAAGGAGGCUUCGCUGACCUCCAAAGCUCUUGUUAAAGUCAAGAAACUCUCUCUUUCUGAGAUGACAGACAUUUUGCAGCCUAAAGAUGGUACGCGUAAAUCUUUAACCAGCUUCUCGGACUCAUCCAGUGAUGACCAGAGCGGUCAUUUCUCCGACAAUGAGUGCAGUGAAGACGCCACCUCCCUGAAAACUGCUUCAAAAAGCGUCAGCUCGAAUAAAGAAGUCAAAAAAUCCAUCAAAAGUUUCCCCAACAGAGCGAAGCGAACUCGGGCCCACAAACAGAGGAGCCCGUCAUCAGACAGGAGCGGUACGGCGAGGAAGGCGUGUGUGAGCGGAAUGAGCGUGAGCCGCUGGAAGAACAAGGGUGCUGCUGGAGCGCAGGCGUUCAGGAAGAAGCAGGGCACCAGCACAACUGUGGACUGCAGCAUCAACGAGCUGAUUUCAACGCACAUGGAUGUUAAGGAGUUGCUGGCAGCGGCAGUCAAUUUCUCCACUCCGCUGAGGACGAAUCCGCUCAACCUGUCAUCUCUGCUGACUGAUUUCACACCCAGCACACACACCUGGAGCCGCCUCAAAGCUGCGCUCUCUGUUCAUCGCAAAAGCAGGGUGCAACUCACUCCAAGGAGUGAGGCUGGGUCAGUGAUGUGCAGUCCCCUAAAGAUGAGGCUACCAGACAUGAGCCAGGAUCUCUUUACCACUCCGCUACGCACUCCACUCCCCAAACGCCUGCAGGCGCAGCUGCUUCACCAGACCUCCCUGGUUGUGUGUGAAGAUCUAGAUCUGACGGAUGCUGAAAAAGUGUAUGCUGAGUGCGGCCAGCAGUGUCCUCUGUCCUGGGAAGAGUGUAUUCUCCCUCAGCGGAUGAAGCGGUGUGUGAAGAUUGGUGAAGGAACAUUUGGGGAGGUCUUUUCUACCACCAACGCUGCGGGAGAGAUGGUGGCUCUCAAAGUUAUUCCACUAGAGGGCAGCAAGAAGGUGAAUGGAGAGGACCAGAAGACCUUUGGAGAAAUUCUUCCUGAGAUUAUUAUCUCCAAGGAGCUGAGCCACCUGAAAGAGAAGCAGCAGAAUCAGACUCAUGGCUUUAUUGGACUCAAUGACCUUCAUUGCGUUCAAGGCUGCUACCCGCCAGAGUUCCUGAAAGCAUGGGACACGUUUGACCAACGCAAAGGAUCAGAGAAUGACCGGCCAGAUUUCUUUGAGAAAAAUCAGUUGUUCAUAAUUCUUGAGUUUGAGUUUGGAGGCGCUGACUUGGAGAACAGCAAUGGAACGUUGGCGUCGUUUGUGGUGGCGAAGAGCGUCCUUCAUCAAGUCACCGCUGCCUUGGCUGUUGCUGAGCAGGAGCUGCAUUUCGAACACAGGGAUCUCCACUGGGGGAAUGUGCUUGUGAAAGCCACCAGAGAGAAGACGGGAACCUUCCUCCUCAACGGAGAAGCUCACAGCAUGGAAACCAAAGGCGUGCUGGUCCGCAUCAUCGACUAUUCCCUCUCCAGGCUAGAAAUUGAUGAUCUGACUGUUUCCUGUGACAUCUCAAACGACGAGGAGCUCUUCCUGGGUCAGGGAGACUACCAGUUUGAAAUCUACAGACUGAUGCGACAGGAGAACGGAAACAAGUGGAGCAGCUACCACCCUCGCACCAACGUGUUGUGGCUCCACUACCUGUGCUCUAAGCUGCUUUCAAUGAAGUACAAGAGUUCAGGGGGGAGGGGCGCCAAGAAUGCGCGAGAGGAACUGACUCGUUUCUAUGACGACGUCCUCCAGUACAGCUCCGCCACAGACACUCUGCAGAACUGCCCGAUGUUCUGGUAGUGGUAUAGGCACAGGCAACAAAACUGUAUGAAGAUUCACACAAAGAAAACCAUGUGACUGUAAUAAGCACAUGUAGCACAUUAAAAUAAUUUGUAAGUGAGCAGGA